UCAUUUGGUUCCUAAUGACACGCAUAAAAAUAGUCUACUAUCUCCUGAAGAAAUUUAUGUUGAAAUUUCUGCUCAAAAUGUGGUAUGCAUAAUGUGAUGAACUGUGAUGAAAUUGUUGGGCUGGAUUAUGAGAUUUUAGGUGGAAAGUUUUCAGGAAUGGACAUUGAUUUUGCACCUAUGGUAGGAAUGGUUUCAACUACUAUGGGGCUAGUGGUGAAGGUUGAUGUGAAAUCGUAUGUCGUACAUGUUGAUCCUAAAAUGCCAAUGUAUUAUGAAACUUAUAAUUGUGUUGAAUCUGUUGGAAUGGAUUAUGUGUGUUGGGUUAAAAAAUUUUCAAGGAUGAAUAUUGAUUUUGCCUUUCUUGUAAGAAUUGUUUUAACUAGUAUGAGGUGGGUGCUGCAAGUUGAAGUGGGACUGGAUGUCUUCUAUAGCAGUCCUAAAAUGCCAAGGUGCAGUGAAUUUAAUUUUGAUCCAGGUGGAAUUCUGCAGUGCAUGUCGAGGCCAAAGAGUACUGCUGCUGACGAUUUCGAGAGGCAUUUGCAGAUGAAGUACGGGCUUAUAGAGGUAUGAUGGAGACAAAGGUGGUGGAAAAAGGUUUAAUGAGUUUGAAGGGUCUUUGAGUACAUUUAUUGGUGUACUUUGUGCUCUUAUUUGGACGAUUAGUUUGAAGUACUUCCAAUAGAACAGUAAAGUGUUUGUUAAAUAUGUAGCAGGGCUUCAAAAUAGAAAUACACUGCAUAAAGCUUCUAAUGGUCUAGUGUGGCAGAGGGUGAACAAUAAUUUUGCUUCUAAUUUGGAAAUAAAUGAAAGGGGUGAGCUAGUGUCACUGUUUAAUAUAUCACCCAAUGUCAUGAAUACGUAUGCAAAGCUUGUUAUUGGUGUAGUAUCAUUUGUUUUAGCUUCGUAUGAUGGAGACAAAGGAGGUGAGGAAAAGCUCAAUGACUUCAAUUUGGAGAGUCUUUGACUGCAAUUAUUGGAGUAAUCUGUGCUGUGGUUUGGACGAUUAAUGUGAAAUACUUUCUCUCUUGGGAGUUUGUGGAUGGAUGGCUUAGGAAUUUUGAGAAGUGCACUUAUUACUUUGAAAUUGUUGUUGCUGGGCUGCUAAGAAUGCUCUUGUUUGCAAAUUGCCCAAUGCUGAAAUGCUAGGUUGUACAUCAAUGGCUACCAAUUAGAUAUCAAUGGCUAAACUAGUUACCUUGAGUUCCAAGGCAAACAUUCUAAACUCAUCCAAUGUUAAGAGGUAACAUAUGAUUCUUUCGAGGGAAAACCACAAGAUUGGUCAUUAGUGAUGAUGGAUUUUAAUCUUCAAAUAAAUUGCAACGAUUACAGCUAUCUGCAAAGAUACUAAAAGUGGAAAAUUAGAGUAUUUUAUGAUCCCAGGAAUGCCUUCUCAGACAGCAUUGAAGUGCAUUCAAUGUCCAUUGCUGAUCCUUGGGGACAAGGAUCUGUUAGAGGGGAAGGUACUGUAACACCCCCGGCUCCUUAGUAGACUGAAUUUAGGAUUUCGUGAUUCAAA